AUGACCAUCGCCUCAGAAGAACAGCAGAUGGUUGGCUCGGAGCCGUCCGAUUCUUUGUCAGACGCUCAACGAAAGGCCUCUAUCCAGAAACCUGAGGAUGUACUCGAACGAUUAGGUGCCCGUCAUCGACGUUUAUUGUUGGCGAUUGUUUCGUGCAGUUUUGUAUGGGGUUUCGGUGCACUUUCAAUUAUGUCAAGUGCAUUCACAUCAAUUGACUGCGGAAAUUGCACUGGACACAUGAUCACCGUCACCAGUGAGUUCGAACUGCGUGACGAUAAAAUGUACUUGGCCGAAUGGAGUACUUCGUUUUUUAUGAUUGGAAACAUGCUCGGAGGUUGCAGCCUUUCAUAUGCAGCAGAUCGAUUCGGAAGACGCCCUCUGCUUCUGCUUUGCUUGGCUUUUCAAGCAGUCUUCUCCUUACUUGCCUCACUCUGCCCAUCCGUACACCUCUUCUCUAUCUGCCGACUUUUUCAGGGAGCAUGCUAUACGGGUGCAAGUCUUGUCGCAUGGGUUGCCGCUUAUGAACACACGCACACUGAUCUACGGUCAUUUACCACAUUUCUGUUCGGGGCCACAUGGGUGGCUGGCUAUUCGGUUGUUGCUCUAUUAGCUUAUAUUUCAUCAACAUGGAGAGAAAUGAUGACAUACGGAGCCCUAUCGACUUUCAUUUUUACUAUAUGGUGUUGGAGAUAUGUUCCAGAGACACUUCAUUUUCUCGUUUCGAGACGGAAGACGAAAAAAAUCCAAAAAUGGUUGUCGGUCCAGCAUUAUUCAUCACCUCAUCAUGGCGACGUCACCACUCUUCUCGAGCACCCAGCUGACGAGCCUUCGCCUGAAAAGACAUGUGAUAACUUCGUAUAUUUCGGAUUAUCUCUAUACAGUACCAAGCUAGCUGGUGAUCCUUAUACGAAUUAUCUUCUCAUGGGACUUGUGGAAUUGCCAGCCUACAUUGCAGGACCAAUAGCGCUAGAAAAGUAUGGACGGAAGUUUGUCGUAUCCGGGACACAUCUACUGGCAGCCAUCUGCUUUAUUAUCCCGCUGUUUGCUGGAGGUAAAGUUUAA